GCCCAUGAUGAAAAGGAAGAAGACUACUGGGACUGUGUACUCUGGAGUGAUGAGAAGAUAAAUGUUUUGGGAACUGAUGGCUUCAAAACUGAGUACAAAGAAAAAUGGGGAAUUCUGAAGAGACAAGUUGAGCAUCACUCUCCAACCAGCAUCCAGGCUCUAAAAGAGGUGGUUCUUGAAGAAUGGAAAAAGAUCGAUGUUGCAGCAUGUCGCCAACUUGUUGAUUCCAUGCCUAGAAGACUUGGUGCUGUCCUUACAAAUUGUGGAGGUCUUACAAAAUACUAG